AUGGCUUUCGGCAUUUUGGAGCCAGUGUCAAGCGCAAUCCCAUCUGGAACGAAUCUCCUAGAAAAUUUGUGCAAUGCAUCUGACCCAGACGGAGUCGAGACGCGACUUUUCCUUGUUCCCAAGCCAUCCGACUCGCCAUUAGAUCCAUUGAACUGGCCUCGAUAUAAGAAAGGACUCCUCUUCUCGACUAUUAUUUUCGGGGCAUGUGCAGCCGGGUCACUCGGACCGGUUCUUGUGCCUGGUUUUACUGCGGUCGUCAUAUUGCUCGAUGUGCCUGGGCUGGCGCAGCAAGUUCAUAUAAUUCCCUAUUGGCGGCGCGCUUGGAAAUAUCAUUUUGGGUUUGGCGCUGCAAAGUUUCGCAACCAAAGCCGUGUCUUCAAACUUUGUAUAGAUCCAGUUAUCCUCUUAGCACACCCUGCAGUUCUCUGGGUAUGCCUGAUGUGGUCAGUGGUUUUCACAUGGAUCAUUCUAAUCGGUGCUGUGGUCUCUCGAAUAUUUGGAGUAGAACCAUAUAAUAUGAGCAUAACUGCAGUCGGAAACCUUGCCGGAAUCGCACGUUUGAUUGGAUCGACAGUCGGAACGCUCACAGCGGGGUGGGCUUGCGACAAGAUAGUCGGGUAUCUGGCACUACGUAAUCGUGGAAUGUAUGAGCCAGAGUUUCGUUUUCUUAUUAUUAUACCGGCAUUUAUUACCAUGGCUAUCGGUGGAUUUGGUCUUGGAGCUGCCAUUGAUGAAAGCCUCUUGCCAGUCGCGUGCGGUGUGUUUAUGGCGAUUUCGAAUUUUGCGGUUGGUGCUGGGUGCACCGGCGUUGUUGCAUAUACCAACGAUGUAUGCGGUCAGCGACCCAGUGAAGCCUUUGGUCUUGCUAUGGUUGUUAAAAGCGCCUUUGUUUUCGGUCUCACAUUCGUUUUCAACGAUUAUUAUACUGCAGCUGGCCCUCUUGUAUUUUCUUAA